CGUAACUCCUACACUCGGGGAUCUCCAGGACUAUUCGAGUGAUCGUAGUCGCAAGCGCAGGAGAUCCGCGUUCCACACUAGCCGUAUGCCGUUAAACGCUCCUCCAUUCAGGUACACACGUCAUCGACUUCCAAACGUCACAAGCCGUCAGCGAUGCGAUGGAUCUUUCGUGAAAAUAGAUCAGAACUCCCUGGUAACAUCUUCCAACUCGUCUUUCCUUCAGUCUUGCACAUCAACCAUCAAAGUCUCUACUUCAUUUAGCGAAACACGCAUUGAACAAUCACGUCAAUCACAAUGGCCUCGAGAUCUUUCACACCCAUGCUGCGCAGCGCCAUGCGCGUCUCGCCCAGGAGUAUCACUUCGGUUCCUCGUCGCUCUUUGAACACAGAGACAGCACCAAGUCUGUACUCUGCACAUGCGAAGGUUGUAGGAGCACGCGUUGGCCACGUUGAUGGUGAGAACCUUAAGGUCGAGCUCACCAUGGCCAAAGCCCUCGGUGGUAAGGGCGACGCGGGAAAGACGAACCCUGAGGAGCUAUUUGCUGCUGGCUAUGGAGCAUGUUUCCAAUCCGCUAUGAACGCCGUCGCCCCCUCCGUCAACGUGAAGAUGCCGACGACACCCGAGGAUUCGAUCGUUGAGACCAAGGUACAUCUCGUUGGUAGCAUGAAGGAUCUCGACAUGGGAUUGAGGGUGGAGAUGAAUGUCAAGGUUAGGGGUCUAUCAAAGGAGGAGCUCGAGAAUGUUGUGUACAAGGCGAGACAGGUAUGCCCGUACAGCAGGGCAACGAAGGAUAACGUGUACACUACGGUCACUUGCGAGACUAUGGAAUAGUCGGAUUUCACAAAUGAUGAUAAUAUUGUAGAUCUGUGACCGCCAAGAUAGUAAAGUUACAUCGACCAUCUGGCAGCGCCGGCGCUCAGUUUUUUGACACAGAAGCAUGCAG